CACGGCGCUGCCCGGCUCCCCCUGCACUGCCGCCCGCUGCCCGGGGCCCGCGGCCGGGAUGUACGGGGGGCAGCAGCAGCUGCAGCCCCUCACGCUGCCCCCGCCCCUCCAGCAGCAGCAGCAGCAGCAGCACCAGCACCACUACUACCGGCGCCAGCAGCACUACAGCACGCUCCCCGCCGCCCGACGGCCCCUCUCCUGCCCGGAGCCGCUGCCCCGGCCCCUGCCCUGCCGGGACCCACCGCCCUGCCCGGAGCCACCGCCGCCGCCGCGGCCGCCGCCGUGCCGGGACCCGCCGCCCUGCCCCGAGCCUCAGCGGCCGCUGCCGUGCCUCGAUCCCCCGGCCCACCAGCAGCAGGACAGCGGUGUGGCGUAUGACCGGGUGAGGACCUACGGCCCCGGCUGCCGGAGGGUGAGCACGUCCUGCUCCUCCCGGGCGGCCUCGCCGCUGGAGUGCUCGCACGGAUACCAGCAGGUCAUCGCCGGCUGCGACACACCGCAACAGGGCACUUUUCGAAGGAUUAUUAUUGAGAAUCCUGACCAGGAGCCAUUAUCCCCAUUUCUUAGAGGGGCAAAUUUCUGUCCUGGAAAUAAUGUCAUCUAUGAAAAGACAAUAAGAAAAUAUGAGCUAUUAAAUCCCCUCCAGGAGAAGCAGUAUCAGUUCUCCCGUCAAUGCCAGAGUCCCCAGCAAGUGGAGCAGUGCCAGGCUGCCCAGCCCUGCCAGUACUCUGAGCAGUCCCAGGUCACUCACCAGUGCCAGCAAACACAGACCAGCAGCCCUUGUGAAGUAAUUCCAGUCUCUGUCAGUGAUGACUGCAGAGGAAACACAGUGAGGAGGGUGACAGUGCAAACCUGUGAGCCGGUGAAUUGUGCUCAGGAAAAUAAUGACCAGCUGGACUGCCGCUACUUUGGUGAGCUCCUGGCUGAGCUGCACCGCAAGACCAACGACCUGCACAGUUGUUUACUGCAGCAUGUGGAAAAGAUAGGAGGAAGGAACCAUGACAUUGAAUUUACAUGUCAGGCUGAAGAUAUUGAAGAACUAAUUCCCAAAGGACUGUCUGAGGCAACAAAGCAGCAGAUUCGUUAUCUCCUCCAGAUGAGAGUCACAUCAGAUAAAUCUUUGAGACUUGUGCUUUCCACUUUCAAGAAUCUACGUGAAGAGCUUUGCCACCUGCAGGAUGACUUGGGGAAGUUAGAAAAUGACAAUGUGUUACUUAAGAAGGAUUUGGCUUUUAAAGAUUGUCAAGUAAAAGAGUAUGAAACUAUGCUGGCUUCUCUGAGAGAGAAUAAUCGUCAGCAGCAGCAAGAACUCAGAGAGAGUACUGCUAAGUGUCGCUCUCUGGAGGAACAGCUCCUCUGCCUUCGGCUCAAUGAGGGAGAAAAGGAUUGUCAGCUAAAGGAGCUGCAGUUCUGCAAGCGUGCCUUGGAGCAGGAGAUUCAGAGCCUCAGGCUGCAGGCCUGCUCUAAUCCAACCCUGCAGACCACCACGGAUGAACUCUCCAGCCGUUACGUAGAGAUGAUCAAUAACUUGAGGGAGGAUAAAGAUCGUGAGAUCCGCAGCCUUAGGUCUCAGUUAUGCCAAUUCCAGCAAGACAUAUCAAGGAGAGAAGGAAGCAACAGUGACUUGCAAAUACGGUUGCAUGAACUGACAUCGAUGUUGGAGGAGAAAGAGGCUUUUAUUAAACAACAGCAAGAGGACCUCUUCAGACUGAAGCAUGAGAAGUUAUCCGGCAGUCAGUCCCCUGCUGUAACUGCUGUCAUCACUAAGAAGUACAGGAAUCAGUAUCCUAUUCUGGGACUCCUGUCUGAUGACUACAAGGUUACAUCACCUGUCAAUAAAUCACAAACUAUUGUCAUUGAGAGGACAGGAGAGAUAUGGAAACAUGAAUGAGAGGUCUCCAGGCCAUCAGAGCUGCUCAGAGGAGUCUACAAUGACUUAAAGCUGCUUUAUUUUCUGCUAUUCUGCAUC